UGACGAAACAGAAACCACUUCCGGUCUCUAGUGCGUUUCAGCGAGUCAAGAUCACACACCACCGGUGCAGUCCUUUGCCAGAGUAGUUCCUAACGAACUAUCACAAGGAAGUUAUUCAAGAUGACAGACGCUGAUAAUUAUAAUGAAUCCAAAUUCAUGCGGAAAGCGAAGGAGAAUCCAUUUGUCCCAGUUGGAAUGGCUGGGUUCUUUGCCAUAGUCGGGUACAGACUUUAUAAAAUGAAAAGUCGCGGGGAUACCAAGAUGUCCGUGCACCUGAUCCACAUGCGUGUAAUGGCCCAGGGCUUCGUGGUGGGAGCCAUGACUAUCGGUGUCAUUUACUCCAUGUACAGAGAUUUUGUGGUGAAGCCCAGAGAAGCACAAAAAGCCCUGGAACCCAAGUGAACUCUCUUCUAAUAUUUAUUGUUUUUAUUAUCCCUUUAAUAUUACAUCAUAUUAAGGUGUUUGAAAUGUUUAUUUUUUACAGAUAUCAUACAUUGUAUAUGCACCUUCCGCAGCUCACCUCUGCUGUAAAUAGUCAUGCUAUACCAUUAUCUAUGGAUUUGAUAGUGGUUCCUAUCAAUCACAGCCUAUAUUAUAAGAUACAAUAUAAGAUAUCCCCUCAGUAUUCAGAAACAGCUUUUGGAAAAUCGAUCAUGAAGGCUGCUUGAGGAUGACAUCCGAAGUAGAAUGUGUUAUUUGAUAUUCACAAGCAAUUUGGAAAGUUGUUUAAUGCCACUACCUGUGAAUAUGUAACUACAUGAUCAGAUGUUCUUUAUGACAUGACUGCAUUUUGCACGUAGUCUGAUUCACAUUUAUUAUUUCAUUGUCUCACCAGCCGGCAAUGAGCAGUAUCCUGCCAAAGUAAUAUAUUUAUUGUGGAUGUAUUUUUUUUUUCUCAAAAUACCAAACAAAUCAUUGACAUAUUUUUUUCCUUUUGGAAUAUUUAGUUUCAGAGUCAUAAUAAACAGACUUGUGGAUCAUUAUCAAUUGUUACCUCUUUUUAACACUUUCUUUUUUUACAUUUUCUUCAAAAAGGCAUCAGGUGGGUCCAAUUUGUAUGUGUAAAUUCCACACUCUUUCAUUCAGUUUAUCUCCAAUAAUAUCACAGCUUACAGAAUCCUCUGGAUUUAAUUUUCAGUUUGAAUAGUGAAUAAUUGUGUUUGUGUUGAUUUGUAAAGGUUCACAUUUUAUUUCUCCUAAUGUUUCAACUAAUAAAGAUCUCAAAUCUCAUUGUGUUACAGCAUAU